AUGGCGCAUGCGUCCACCCCCCCCUCGCGGAAGGGCGAGGUGGACGAGAACGGCGGCCGUUCGGGACAACGGAAUCGUACGACCUCGCCAGACGGCCAGUCGCCGAUCCGCCCGCCGGCCUGCUGCCCGAAGGAGACGACGAGCUGCCCCUCCUCGACCCGCGCCCCCUACACAUCCCCCGUUGCCGUCCCCCAUCGCCGUCCCCCCAUCGCCGUCCCCCCAUCGCCGUUCCCCCAUCGCCGUCCCCAUCCCAUCCCCAUCCCCUUCACCCUUCCCAUUCCCCUCGGCAUCUCGUCUGCUGAAUCAAAGGGUCCUCCCCCCAUUGGCCGGCACCGUGGGGAUUGCCACGCCUCCACGUCUGCCGCGGCGACCGCCGAACAAACGGCGGCCCCGACGGCCCCUCCCAUCCGCCGCCCCGAACGACCCAAUCCGGGCGGGUCCAGGCGGCCUCCCCGGCGCAUCCGCACCACAUCACAGGACGACCGUCGGAGCCAGGACGGACCAUGCAACCUCGCAUACGAGCAUGAUCGGUGUCGAAUGUGGUGA